UGGGUGGGAUGAAUUGCAGUGUUGUUAUUUCUACAGUGUAAUCAUGUGUGAGCGGAGCUUGAAGCGACAGCAACAGCGCAACGGGGUCAGGAAAUGGUGAGAUGUUGCAGGACUUUACACAGGCCGUCUUCUUGCUACAAUCUCCACAGAGUCAGGGUUGAUGCGCGGCGCCUCCGACCAUUUGGGUCCUCCUUAACAGGAGCAGCUGGGGGGUCUGCGGUUGAACUUAAAAACGACAGAGCCGUUGAGAUCAACCGUCAGAGCCGAUUCAGGUUGCAGUUCCCGCAGUGGGGUUUGCGGCGGCGACUUGGCCAGCUGAGCUGUAUGUCCCGGCCCACUGCUCGGCUGCGCUCAUGGCCACUGUCCUUUCUUCACUACAUACUACCAUAUGCUGUACUCCAGUCCCUUGCCAGGGUCGGGUGGCGUCCUACCAGCAGAGUUACCAUAUACAAGUCCAUACCCACAAGGCUGCUUUCCAGAGCUUGGGGUCGGCUGAACCAGGUUGACCUACCUGUGUGGUUGCGGAAGCCUGUUUACAGUCUAUACAUAUGGACAUUUGGGGUGAACAUGAAGGAGGCAGCUGUAGAGGACUUGCAACACUACAAGAAUUUGGGCGAGUUCUUCAGACGCAAGCUUAAGCCACAGUCCAGGCCUGUAUGUGAUUCACAAGGUGUGAUUAGUCCAGCUGAUGGAAAGAUUCUUCAUUUUGGUCGUGUAAAGAACUGUGAGGUGGAGCAGGUGAAGGGGGUCACCUACUCUCUGGAGACUUUUCUUGGUCCAUGCACAUGGGCUGAGAGGUUAGCUGUCAACACUAAUGAGGGUGACCACAGCAACUUCCAAAACCUGUUAGUGACAAAAGAGGGUAAUGAGUUGUUCCACUGUGUGGUGUAUCUGGCCCCAGGAGAUUACCACUGCUUUCACUCACCCACUGAUUGGAAAGUUGUACACAGACGCCACUUUCCUGGUUCUUUAAUGUCAGUGAACCCAGGGGUAGCACGAUGGAUUAAAGAGCUCUUUUGUCAUAAUGAAAGAGUGGUGUUGAAUGGGGAGUGGAGACAUGGUUUUUUUUCACUGACUGCUGUUGGAGCCACCAAUGUUGGGUCGAUCCGAAUUUACUUUGACAAGGAGUUGCACACAAACAGCCCUCGUUACCGUAAAGGUUCAUUUAAUGACUUCAGCUAUGUGUCCAAAAACAACCACGAGGGCGUGUGUCUGCGUAAAGGUGAGCACUUGGGCGAGUUCAACCUGGGUUCCACUAUUGUGUUGCUGUUUGAAGCACCACAUGACUUUACCUUCAACCUCAAAGCUGGACAGAAGAUCCGCUUUGGAGAACCUCUUGGGACUAUGGAGACAUGAUAGUGGAUUUUGUCUGUAGUUGCAUUAAGCAGACGUACUUUCAAAAAGGGUCUCACAAACUAACACACAAUGGACACCAAGGAGCUCACUGGAUUACACAGAGCUCUGUUUAUUUUUACACACAUUGUUGAGUCCUCCCAAUUGCUUAGGAGAGGUUUUUAACAAUGUUGUUUUUAUUAUUUGUUCUCUGUUAAAAGACUAAACCUAAACCAACAAAUGUCGGUUUUAGUUAUAUUUUGCAAACUGUUUUUUUGCUUAUACUGCCUUUGAUCAGAUUCAUCAGAAUGAUAUUUGUAAUUUGUACUCAGACCAACAGCUUCAGUUGUACACAACCUGUUCCAAACUUUGUCUUGAUAAUUUAUCCUGUUCUUUAUUUUACAAAAAAUCUGUCCAACUUGUAAUAAAAACAAAUUCUCAUUUAAA